GGGCGGGGCGGGCGCGCAGCUGGAGCCUGCGGCGGAGGCUCGGGCGCGCUCAGGCCCGGAUUCUGGCGGCCUGCGCGGCCGCACCAUGGACUCGGGGACCGAGGAGUACGAGCUCAACGGCGGCCUGCCGCCGGGCACACCCGGCUCCCCAGACGCCUUGCCGGCCCGCUGGGGCUGGAGGCACGGGCCCAUCAACGUGAACCAUUACGCCAACAAGAAGAGCGCAGCUGAGAGCAUGCUGGACAUCGCACUGCUGAUGGCCAACGCGUCCCAGCUGAAGGCUGUUGUGGAACAGGGCCCCAGCUUCGCCUUCUAUGUGCCCCUGGUGGUCCUCAUCUCCAUCUCCCUUGCGCUGCAGAUCGGCGUGGGGGUGCUGCUUAUCUUCCUCGGACCCUGGAUGCUGCCUGCCUUGCAACUCAGCUGCCCGACCCCAGGAGUCGCCAUACCUGUGAGGUGUCCACCUCCCUGCACAUGGCACUCCCCAGACUGCCAGAGCCCAGGCUGGCCUCAUCUGCACCAUGUCCCCAGACCAGCCCUUGCUCUGACUGUGGCCAAGCACCAUGCAGGAGGCCACUCUUGUCUCUCAGCAGCUGUUCCCAGGAGGCAGCUCCCUCCUGGCACAUGGGGGCUGGCCACAAUAGCCCAGAGGGUGAGAACUGGACAGCCGCAGAGACCUGUGCCCAGAGAAGGGUCUCAACCCACUCAAGGACACACAGCAGGUCCGUGGAUGGGCUGGAUGAGGGACCAGGGCCAGCCUCUGUCUCAGGACAUUCCAGAAGGACAAGGAGAUAUCUCUCUUUCUCCCAAAGCACCAGCGUCCCCACCUCCCGUGGGCCCUGUCCGGGUUGCCCUGGUGACCCCAGCCUCUAUCCACUUCCUAACCCAGGGACCCUGCACAGCCAGAACUGCCUUUGGCCCUGCUGAUGGCCACUGGCUCUGGUCUUAAGUGCCUGGGUUUGGUGGCCAUCAAGACGGAGCCAGUCAGGCCUGUGAGGGCCGUAGACCUUGUAUAUGCCCUGCACCAGCAGUGACCGGGCAGAGCCCAGCCCCCUCCACGGGGGUCCCAGCACCCACUUUUCUAAUCAUGAAUGACCAAUAAAGCCCAUGCUCUUUGUCAGGC